AUGGUAAAUACAAAGGAAAAAUCAUCAGAUAAACGAAGAAAACAGAAAAGGGAGUCUGAGCAAAGAAAGAGAGAAAGAAUAAGACUGGAUCCUCAUUUAUAUGAAGAAGCGAAGCGCAAAGAACGUGAAAGAUACCAUCAACGAAAAAAUGCAGGAAAAAUCAAAACAAUCAACGAAAGAAACGACAGAGAGAAAAGACAGAUAAGGAAACGCUGGAGACAAACAUCUUCAGAAUAUAGAAAAAAAAGGAGGACUCAGGAAAAUUUGAAUAGGUUCCUAGAAGAAACUACUCCACCAUCAACACCAACACGAUUGGAUGCUUUAUUUAAUGAACAUCCUGCGAAUAUUCCAGGCUCAUCAGGAAGAUCUGCUGCGGGAAGAAAAAGAGUGCUCAGAAAACGUUCCCAGACAGUGAGAAAACUGAAAAAUGUCCAAAAAGAGCGAGAUAUGUACAGAAGGAAGGCAAUACGAUACAAAACAAAAUACUACAGAAUGAAAAGUCAAUCUAUCAAAAUAAAUCGAGAAUCUCCGAGAAUUAAAGUUGCCGAACUAACAAAAGGGCAAAAAAUAUCGAAGGAGGUUAGACGCCAACUGGUUUUUGGAGAAGUUCUCAAAACCCAGCUUCAACAAAAUUUCAUUGAGUUAGGUUAUAGCGCCAAGAAGAAACGAAAAUUCAUUGAGCACACCUCCGGAAAUGUGAUAAAAAAAUAUCGUCUGAUAAAUGAAACAAAAAAAAUAUUUGGAUCUCAUAAGAUCCAGAAGAAUAAAGCAUCUGAAAGAAUAAAUGAAACAAAAGUGAAACGAUCCAACUUGAUAACUGUUGUCAGAAAAUUUUAUGAGAGGGAUGACAACAGCAGAAUGUGCCCAGGCAAGAAAGACACGAUAACGGUGAAGAAAUGUAAGAAACAGAAACGCUAUCUUUCGAAUUCCUUGAGAGCUUUAUAUGAAAAAUUUGCCUUGGAAAAUCUUGAUCUGUAUAAAAUAAGUUACGCAACAUUCUGUAAGCUCAGACCUUUUUGGGUUGUCAUACCCACUGCUGCGAAAAGAGAAACUUGUCUUUGUAUGAUUCACGAAAAUAUGCUACUUCUUGUCACUAAAAUGAAACUGCUUCAAAUUAUCGAUGAAUCCAACCCUGAAGCUGUAUGCAGAACAAUUUGUUGUGACAUGCGAAGAGAAUGUUUGGAGAGAAUUUGUGAGACUUGUAAACAUAAGCAGGUAAUAUUUAAAACCUAUCAAGAAAAUGAGGAUUCAUCUUACAAAAAAUGGGUAUUGAAGAACGUUGUCAUAAAUAUAAAAGGUGUAGAAAAGAAUUGUAAAAAAAUACUCAAGGAUGAAAUCAAAUGUACUAAGGGUGAAAUGGUCAAGCUCUUGAUUGGUUCUUUGCCCAAAUUCAUGAAUCAUAUUUCUAACAUGAACCACCAAUUCAAAAUGAUCCAGGAUUUGAAAAAAAAAUUGAAUCCCGAAACGGAAACUGUAAUUCAUGUUGAUUUUUCCGAGAAUUAUACAUGUAAAUAUUUUCGGGAAGUCCAGAGCGCUCACUUUGGAGGAUCUAAGCCCCAGAUUUCUAUGCACACUGUAGUGUGGUACCGUAAAUUAGAUGAAAUUAAACCAGAAUCCUUCUGCACUUUUUCCAAGAAUCUCCGGCAUGACCCAAUCGCCAUAAUUGCUCAUCUAUUGCCACUAGUGAGAACAAUCAGAAAAAAGAUGCCAUCAUUGAAAAGGGUUCAUUUCUGCAGUGAUGGCCCAAGUACACAAUAUAAAAACAAAAGUAUGUUUUAUCUGAUUGGGUCAAAGCUAGCAGAAAUACUAGAAGUGAACGAAAUUUCGUGGAAUUACUUUGAGAGCGGUCAUGGUAAGGGAGCUGUGGAUGGGGUGGGUGGGUGUCUCAAAAGAAGCGCUGAUCGGCUCGUAGCAUGUGGCUAUGAUGUCCCCAAUUUUGAACAACUCAUAUUUCAUCUGAAGGAAUCUUGCUCCGGAAUCCAGAUUGAGUGUGUAUCUGAAGAACAAAUCGAUAACCUCAACCAAAUUGUUCCCAAUAAUCUGAAACCGUUCAAAGGAACAAUGCAAGUGCAUCAAUUAUGUUGGUCAAUCGAAAAUCCAAAUUGUUUAAGAUUGCGUAGGCUGAGUUGCCCCGAUUGUUCUUUUCAAAUGAAUUGUGAGCAUUAUGAACUAGGACAAUUCACUAUACCGAACCUUCACCGAACUUUUUCAGAAGAGUUAAAUGAUACUAAUAUGUACUCAUCAGACUUAGCAAACAACCUGCCCUCGACACAUUUCAUGAAAGAGGGUAAUCUAUUGGAAAUUCCAGAAAAUUCAUGUACUCAAAGUUUUCCUCAAAAGUUUGCUGCUAAGUUGAGAUAUGCUGAUGUGUACUCAUCAGAUUCAGAAGAUGAUCAACCUCUCAUCCGAUUUACAAAUCAGCCUGAUUUCGUGGAAUCACUAGAACCAGAAAACCAGGAAUCACUAGAACCAGAAAAACAGUUUUUUGAGAAGGAUGACUUCGUCUUAGUGGAGUGGCCAAAAUAUUCAAGGAUUCAUUAUAUUGGUCAAGUAAAUGCUAUUCAUGGAGCUAUUUAUGAAAUAACCUUCAUGAGACGAGUAUCUUCUACCAAAAAUAAUUUGAUUUUCAUUUGGCCACAAGAAGAAGAUCUAUCUGAGGUGAAUUCCAAUUGUAUAAUCAAGAAAGUGGCGAGUCCUCAGGUAUUACGAAGGAAUCGAUUCCUCUUCAAAGAUGAUCCAAUUUUAAUGUGCAAUACUUUGAAAUGA